UUGAUGGAAAAUAGGACAGAAGUGACAGAGUUCAUCCUCUUAGGACUAACUGAUGCCCCAGAAUUGCAGGUUCCUCUCUUUAUCUUAAUCACCCUCAUCUACUUCAUCAACAUGGUUGGAAACCUGGGGAUGAUCGUGCUGAUCAUCUGGGACUCUCGGCUCCACACUCCCAUGUACUUUUUCCUCAGUAACCUGUCUCUUGUGGACCUUGGCUACUCCUCAGCUGUCACUCCCACAGUUAUGGCUGGACUACUUAUAGGAGAAACGUUCAUUUCCUAUAAUGCCUGUGCUACUCAGAUGUUCUUUUGUGUAACCUUUGCCACAAUGGAAAAUUUCCUCUUGGCUGCAAUGGCCUAUGAUCGCUACACAGCAGUGUGCCAACCCUUGCAUUAUACCACUACCAUGACUCCAACUAUGUGUGCAUGCCUGGCCAUGAGCUGUCAUGUCUGUGGUUUCCUGAAUGCCGCUAUCCACAUUGGUGAAAUAUUCAGUCUCUCUCUGUGUGCAUCCAAUGUGGUCCAUCACUUUUUCUGUGACAUUCCAGCAGUCAUGGCUCUGUCUUGCUCUGAUAGACAUGUUAAUGAGCUGGUUCUUGUUUACGUAGCCACGUUCAAUGUCUUUGUUUCCCUUGUAGUAAUCUCAGUGUCCUACCUAUUUAUAUUCAUCACCAUCUUAAAGAUGCGCUCGGGCACAGGGUACCAGAAAGCUUUGUCCACCUGUGCCUCUCACCUCACUGCCGUCACCAUCUUCUACGGGACCAUCAUCUUCAUGUACCUACAACCCAGCUCCAGUCACUCCAUGGACACUGACAAAAUUGCAUCUGUGUUCUACACCAUGGUCAUCCCCAUGCUGAAUCCUCUGGUCUACAGCCUGAGGAACAAGGAGGUUAAAAGUGCAUUCAAAAAGAUUGUUUUAGGAGCGAAAUCAUCUUUAAGAUUUUAA